AUGCAAUACACCUCCAUAUACAGUACAACACUUCAGCAUAUACAGUACCAUACUGUUAAGUCACACUUACAUCCCACACUAUUGCCACCAUUUAACAUCAUGUCUUGGUUUGGAGGCGCCCCUUCGACGGCAGAUUUGGAUGCCAAGGUAGCAGAAGCAACUUCAGAACUGAUUCCUGAUGGCGAAGUUGAUCUUCCUGUUGCAUUGGAGAUCACCGACGUUAUCCGCAGUAAGAAAGUGGCACCUAAAUUGUGUAUGAGAUCUUUGAAGAAACGUCUUACUAUGGUUUAUUCCAAUCCAAAUCUACUCAAGUCUACGUUGAAACUCAUAGAUUUGUGUGUCAAAAAUGGCGGACAUCAUUUUUUGACGGAGAUUUCUUCAAAGGAGUUCGUUGACUAUUUGAUAGAUUACGUAUUCAAGGUGCAUUAUGAUACGAAGAAACUGUCGGUAUUUAAUAGCGAGGCAAAGCUAGAUAUUGGUAUGCUUAUAUUGUCGCUUUUAAAGGAAUGGUCUCAGUUGUUAAAUCUGGUGGGGUUGGGAUAUUUGGGUUCAAGAUGCACUCAAUUGGUUCAUCAAGGCUACGAGUUUCCUCAAAGUUCCGAUAUUCCCGCCCAAUUUGCAGACGCUGAGGUCCCGCCCGACUGGGUAGAUGCCAACGAGUGUAUGAUCUGCUACAAUGCCUUUUCUGUACUCAACAGAAAACACCACUGCCGUUCUUGUGGCGGAGUAUUCUGUCAGACCCAUUCGUCCCAUACUUCGCCGCUCGUAUCCCUCGGUAUCAUGGAGCCCGUGAGAGUGUGUGACAACUGCUACGAGCAAAUCAAGCUGAAAAAUAGCGGCAAUUUGAGCAAAGUUAGAAGGAGCAAAGUCGCAUCCGAUCAACCUAUGGACGAGGACGAGCAAUUGCGACGUGCGAUAGAGCUUAGUUUGAAGGAUAGUGGACAAACAGUGAGCCAGCCGCAAGCUCCACCCCCUGAACCUCCUUCUACGAAUAACGAGGACAAUGACGAUGAGAUGAAAGCGGCCCUAGCAGCAAGUCUCCGAGAAUUCGAACAGCAAGAAGCAGCCUAUAAGAACCAGACGGCACAACCGCCGCAGCAAAAACAGCACCUGUCGCUAUAUGACAAUUUACUUCCCUCUUUGCUGUCAGAUGUUCCUCAAGCCAGCUAUCCAAGUUCCAGUUCCAAUCCGUUUUCUUCAGAAGGUGCCCCUAAAGCUCAAGCACCUCCACCACUGCAUCAGGACCUCACGCAAGCCGACGAGGAUGCCAUUAACGUGUUUGUCACUUUGAUGAGUGGGGUCAGAACCGAUAGAUCGAAGCAGGCCAAUAUUCUUUACGACAACCAACUCAACGAUCUCCACAACAGAGUGGUUCAAUUGAAGCCAAAACUCAACCGUGCAACACGCGAGGCAAUCGAACGAUACGAAACGUUCUUAGAAAUGAACAAUAAGAUACUGACAAUCACGAGACUUUACGAUCAAUACUUGGAAUCAAAGUUGACAUCAUUGUAUGGUUCUCACAACAUAAACCAAGAUCCAUGGAACUCGCAGCCUCAGUUCGAAUCGCAGCACACCGGGUACCUGCUGGUUCAACAACCGGGUCACCAACCGGCUCAUCAACCGGGUCACCAACUGGCCCAACCAACUGGUCCUACCGGUUCCACUCCACAGUACCCAAGUUAUCCCGCUUAUUCGCAGCCGCAAUACGAACCUGAACAAUCUCAGAAUCAUGAACAGUACACUGGUGAAGAUGAAUCUUAUGGCACUACAAACAACACCGUGCCAGAAGUGCCGUACAAUUACGCUUACGGAGCAUCAGAGCCACCUCCAACUACAUUUAGAGGCUACCCUCUGGAACCUCCAGAGACCGAAAGCUACACAUCUCCAGAAAACAUUUUGCCCAGAAACCCUACUCUGAACAUUUAUCCAACUAGGUCGCUAUCACCACAGAGCCACGAGCUCAGCCCCAUGGAACCACUGGAGCCUUUGGUACCUCCAGAGCGCCAGAAUACAGCAGAUGUAGAAGCUCGUUUUCCACCACUAGAGGGCGUGAGCUACCAGCCCAGUGAGCCUACGCUUGAAUUCCCUACAAUUCCUACAUCACAACCGAGGGCACAUUCGCCUCCGAAAGAAGAACCAUUGAUCGAAUUAUAA